AUGCUUGCAUAUAAAGAUACCUAUUUCCUGCCGAAACCGGUUAAUCCUGUUCAUUUGGCGGCACUUCUACAGAGAACGCUCGAAAACCAACGUCUUGCGUUUGAGAACCGUCAACUUCAAUCACAAAUAGACGAAAAGGAAGGCUUACGCCGUCUCACAGGUAAUUCACCCCAAAUCAUCAAAAUUCGGGAUAUGAUCACGCAGGUCGCACCGACAAAAGCGACUGUGAUGAUUCAUGGUGCGCGUGGGACAGGGAAGGAAUUGGUCGCCCGUGCAAUUCAUCACCGAAGUUUGCGGCACGGUUCUCUCAUUGCUUUUAAUUGUGCAACACUAAACGAAAAUCUGGCAGAAUCUGAACUCUUCGGACAUGAACGCGGCGCAUUUAGUGGGGCAUAUUACCAACGCAAAGGCAGAUUUGAACUCGCACACGGCGGCACCCUAUUUCUUGACGAAGUUUCACAACUCAGUCUAUCCAAUCAAGCACGCCUUUUGCGCGUACUUGAAGAACGUGAAUUUGAACGGGUCGGCGGCGACAAAACCAUUCAGGUGGAUGUCCGCUUCGUAUGUGCCACAAACCACGAUUUAGAAACCGCAGCCAAAAGGCGAGAGUUCCUCCCAGAUCUCUACGACCGACUCAAUGUGGUGCCUAUCCAUCUUCCGACGCUUCAAGAACGUAUUGAGGAUGUUCCGUUGCUCAUGAAGGAUUUUCUUCAUGAGUUUUGCCUACAAAAUGGAAAACCCCUGAUAACCAUCGUACCAGAAGCCAUUAGAACGUUGAUGAAAUACGAAUGGCCAGGGAAUGUGCGCGAAUUGAAAAACUGCAUCGAGGGGCUUGUUGUGAUGUCCACACAAUCGACGCUUCAACAAAUUGACUUACCUGAACGCAUCCUCAAAGCAACUGGAAUAGCGUUUUCAAACCUACUUUCAGUACCCGAUGUCUGGGAGUCAGUUGACACAAUCGAGAAUAAACAGCGUUUAAAUGUGCAAGUCGGUAUGUCCCUUGAUGAAAUUAAUCGGGAGGCACUACGCGCGACCCUUGAAUCUGUGGACAACAACAAAGCAAAAGCCGCGGAAAUACUCAAAGUGAGCCGACGCACAAUCCAACGAAAAGCAAAAGAAUAUGGUUUGUCCGACGAACCAGAACUAUAG